CUCAGCUCGCCACCAUGACUACUUCAUCUUGGAUUUCGCGCCUAUUAUUACAUAGAAAUGAGUGCUUGGCAUCAUUUUCUGCCACUCUCUGCAUCUUUAUGGUCGUAUGCUGCGUUGCAUGGUCUUCGCCGGCCCUGCCGAAGCUCCUAAAUCAGCCGAACCCACAGGUUUCAAUAACGCCCGGUGACGGUUCGUGGAUCGCAUCAAUUCAAGCUAUCAGUGGUAUCUUUGGCUUAAUUCUUGCCGGGCUCAUUGUGGACCGAUUUGGACGCAAGUGGCCAUUUAUUGCCAGUGCUCUACCCGUGAUUGCCGGAUGGACUAUGAUCGCAUUAGCUCGGACGGCGCUGUUGUUGUACAUCGCCCGCUUUCUCUUCGGUAUUUCGUACGGCAUGGCGUAUGGAAUAAUUUCCAUCUACAUCGGGGAGAUCACUUCGGACGAAGUUCGGGGUGCGGCCGCUUCGCUCAUCACGGUACUGGCUAAAUUGGCGAUACUGUUCGAAUACUCCGUCGGGCCUUACGUUAGCUUCGAGACACUGGCUUGGCUUUCCAUGGUUGGCCCGGUUCUAUUUCUGCUCACCUUCGUGUGGAUGCCCGAGUCCCCGCACUAUCUGCUCGGAAGGGGACGCAUUGCUGAAGCCCGACGCAGCUUAAAAUGGCUGAGACGGACCUCGGCCGUAGAGGAAGAGCUCAACUGUACCCGGAAAUCCAUCGAACGUACAGCCAGCGAACGAGGCUCGAUGAGAGAACUGUUUCUGCCGGCUUAUCGUAACAAUCUCAUCAUAGUGCUGAUUCUUACCUUCGGUAUGCAGAUGGCAGGAAUUCAAGCAGUCCUCGUCUACGCACAGACCAUCUUUUCCCAGAUUUCCAGCGAUCUAACCGACGCGCAAAUGUCCAUCGUGCUUGGUGUUGUGCAAAUGGUGACUGUGUCUUUUCCGGUGUUUCUAGUCGAUCGUGUCGGCCGACGUCCCCUGCUACUGUGGUCCAGUGCCGGAAGUUGUAUAGGGCUGCUGCUCGUUUCCAUCUACUUUACGCUCGAGGCGGCCGGCGUUAACGUUGAAAGCUUCGGCUGGGUCUCGUUCGUUGGGCUGCUGUUCUUCGUCAUUUCGUACGCCUUCGGGAUGGCCACUGUGCCGUUUGCAAUUAUGAGUGAAAUUUUCCCCAAAAACAUUCGAGCCCACGCGAACGCCCUGUUUGGAAUUCUGAGCGGUGUCGCCAUCUUUGCCGUGUUGAAAUUGUUCCAGAUAGCGCUUGACAAUGUCGGUGCAUACCUUCCGUUCUGGGUGUUUACCGUUAGCAUUGGGUUGACGUUUGGGUUCGUGUUUCUUUACAUUCCCGAAACCAAGGGCAAGAGCUUGGACGAGGUGCAGGAGAUUAUUGCCGGAUGGCGUAGGAAGAGGGUUCCUUCCAAGUCUGUCAUUGUCGGAGAUUAAGCCAGGUUGGCCCAUUUCAAUGUAAGUGAUCUGUGCAUACAACAUGAUCUAUAUAUCAUAAAUUGAAUCUGUUUCGUGUCUGUUUGAGUUUGCAUUCUUCAACUCAAAUUGAAUACAGUUCUUGGAAACAUAAAGCUUUCCGUGCUCAUCAGAAAGAAAUCCCUUUUUUAUGCGCUAGUUCAAAGUUUCUUACAUUAUAAUUGGCAGUGAAUUUUACAUUCACAAAUGCACUGCUUUGCUCCCUACCGUUGUCAGCAUGCUAAAAGAAUAGAAAUCGAUACUUUUCAAACGAUCAUACCUUCAAGCGUUUGUCUAUCACACAAAAGGGUACGUAACCCGACACUCAUCUCCUUUACAAUAGCUUUUGCUUUGGUCCGUCACACAUUUCAACCAACGCUAAAAUUCUUUCAAGAGUGCUAAAGAUCUCCCUUAACAGACAAAAGAUAGCAAACGCAUUCCAGCACGUUUUCUGGAUUUAUUUUACUCGUCACAGAGAAAACCUGCCUACAAGAUGCCACUUCCGGUACUCCGCCCCAGUAAUGGAUCAUUGCCCCUUUGUCGUGCUUUGAACGUGACUUUCAGCGAAAGAACUUCAGCAGCACUACCCCGUUUGCCGGCAGUCGUUUUCUCUGUUUCUGUCACUCGUCGCCUUUCAACGUAUCAUUACACCAAAAGGAAGGCAACCAUUUCGGGCAAUUAUUUGUGCCUCACAGCCAGAUUCGUUCAUUUCCGUUGGCAGAACCCUCCAUUUAUUUAAAGGGAAGGUUAAGGCACAAACAACCGAUUGAAAUCGUGCCGGCGAAGGAUUUGCAAAUUGCAAACUACUUCCUUUUGGUGGUGCUGUGUUGCGAGGGGAAGAACGGGCACAAAUUUCCACUCAAAUCACGAAGAAAAAGCUGCGAGAAGAAGGAGUUUCUGAGGAAAACUAACAAACGAAUGAACUUCACUGAGCUGUACAGCGCGAACGAUUCAUUCACCUCAUUACAUUUUGAAACCAGUGGAAGGGUUCAUAUUGUUCUGAGUCACAGUUCUUUGCUGAAGAGUCUUGAAGAUAUGGAAUUUUGGUCGGUUCGUAAAUCACGUAUAAAGCGGGAAAGGUAUUCUAGGAAAUGUGUAUAAUGAAAAAGGAAGAUAAAGACAAAAUCUCAGCAAAAGAAUCUUGAUACGAAUUCUACAGCUUUCCAUAAUUUUUCGUAUGUAAAUGAAUCUUGGAAAAGGGCUAACGGACUAAAGAACUUAAAACACGAAACACGAACCAUGUCAUCUAUCAAAAGCUGAGUCAUUCGUGAGUGGAUUCAAUUGUGCUUCUGCAAUAGUGCUUGAAAAAAACCCUGCAAUGGAAAGGAUUUCUCCCGAAAAAUUGAAGUGUAAAUACACCAAUGCAACAGCGUACAAGUUUGUACGGAUUUUAUGGAAAAGUGAACACUCAACCUUUCACAUCGUUGUUAGUUACCUUUCAAACACAAACAAGAGCGUGCCCUGCACGAUAACCUGUAGAGAAGAGCGUACGUGAGCAGGUUUCUUCCGAAACGUGUCGACAGUGUUCUAUGAAUUAAUGCAAGUGCAAACACGACAACAUUCCAUUGUCAGAAACAUUCAAUUGACUGAAUUAGUUGAAUGAUGCAAAUGUUUGUUCCAAACCCGUAUGUGCUUCGUUC